UUGGCGGGCCCAUUGUCUCUUGCUGACGCAAGAGCUCUCGUCUUCACUGCUCUGUGUCGUCUGCUCCUAGAGGCCCAGCGUCUGUGGCCCUGUGACCUGCAGGUAUUGGGAGAGCCACAGCUAAGACGUCGGGACCCCCUGGAAGCCUAGAAAUGGUAAGCUUAGGAGAAACAAAACUGGAAGUACCCCAGUGGCAUAGAGAACAGAAUUCUACAUAGUGUCUUCACCCUGCCCCAGACCUAUUCAGAUUCACCCUUUUUGGAGACUAUUUAGUUCUGACCCUACCUUGGAGUCUUGCCUCACAGAACCGAUUAGAAGAGAUCAGAGUUUUGGCUGGUGAAUCCUGCUGCGUUUCUAGAGCCGGUGCUCACAAUUUCCUGAAACCCAAAAGCAUAUAAAUGGGAAAAAUAAAGUAUGUAUUUUAGGGUCUUAGUUUUUAAAUGUAUUAAAACCAGUGCUUGCAGAGACAUUCUAAUUAGCAAUUUGUUUUCUAUUCCUGCAGAUCCAGUAGUUGCUCCAUAAGUCACAAAAAAGUAAAUAUAAACAGAAUAAAAUUUUCUCUAUACUACGUUAAACUCUUCUUUCUAUAUCUCUUCCAUUUGUCUAUAUUUAGCUUUUAUUCUAUACAAUUUUUUUAAAAAUUUUGAUGACCGAGAAAUAGAAGAAAUAAAAAUGCUGGGACCUUUAACUACGUCCUCGAAAUUAUUAAACCCUUAGUGCCAGCUCCCAGGGUGUUAUGAGAAUACCCAGCACAGUGCUCUGUAUCGUACUCUUGAGCACAUAGUACCUGCUUAAUAAACAUUGCAUUAGUAAAUGUGUACAUGUUGCUUUUUAAAUCAAGACUUAUUCAGACAUUGCUGCCUUCUGUUUUGUCUGUAAAGAGCCAGCAAAGAAUAUAAAACUUUAGGAUGGAGAUGGGUUGUCCUUAUUUGUACCAGAAGUAUUUGGUUGUGACAAGAGGGCUGAGUGUAAGGGACCCUGUGUUGUUCCUGCUUCUCUAACUAAUGCUAAUAAUGAGCUAAGGGGGAGCAACAUCCGCAUUGACAGGGAACUUGUUUAAAACACCCAUUCAUGGACCCUUUUCAAACCUGCAAAAUCACAUUACAUAAAGUGGGGCCAAAAUUACCAAGUGAUUUAUAAGCUCAUUAAAGCUUGAGAGGCAAUGCUUAGCUUAGUGGUUAUCAGCCCAGGCUUCUCAUGAGGAUCACGUGGCCAAUUUGCAGAAAUCUCUUGUGCCCUCCCCACAGUUUCUGUUUAUUGUUGUGGGUGGAAGCAUCCGUGUUGUUUUAAUGAAGGGCCUCGUAUGACUCUAAAGUGAGGCCAGAAUGAGGUAUGAGGGCUUCAAAAUACAUUCAUGAGAGUUAAGUUCCACAUUUGCACUAAAGGGUGGUCACAGGGCCUGUUCUAUUUGGGUUUGGUAGGGACAAGUCAGUGUGGCACAUAUUUGCAUUACUGUAGCAGAAAUUGCUGGUGUCUGUAGCAGGGGAGGGCACCUGGGGACCCGAAAGGAGAAACAUUUUUAUUUUCAUGGAGCAGCUCAUUGUUCCUGAAUCUCUUCUGUUUUAAAGGACAGAAAUGGGUUAACUUUUUCUUUUUCUGCCAAUUGAUGUCAUGCUAGCAGGUAAACAUGUAAUACUGACACCUUUAAAGACAUAUUCUGAAGAUGCAGGUGUAAUUUAUCCAGAGAGUCUCAUCUGAGAAUGAAUUCCAGAGGAGGAGGAGGAAGAAAAAAAUAGCUUUUCUUCAGGGACCAUUGCAAUUUAGAGAUGUGGCCAUAGAAUUCUCUCUGGAGGAGUGGCAUUGCCUGGACACUGCACAGCGGGAUUUAUAUAGGGAUGUGAUGUUAGAGAACUACAGAAACCUGGUCUUCCUUGGUAUUGUUGUCUCUAAACCAGACCUGAUCACCUGUCUGGAGCAAGGAAAAAAACCUUUAACUAUGAAGAGGCAUGAGAUGAUUGCCAAACCCCCAGUUAUGUGUUCUCAUUUUGCCCAAGACCUUUGGUCAGAGCAGAGCAUAAAAGAUUCUUUCCAAAAAGUGAUACUAAGAAGAUAUGAAAAAUGCAGACAUGACAAUUUACAUUUAAAAAAAGGCUGUGAAAGUGUAGAUGAGUGUCCAGUGCACAAAAGAAGUUACAAUGGACUAAAACAAUGUUUGACAACUACCCAGAGAAAAAUAUUUCAGUGUGAUGAAUAUGUGAAAUUCUUGCAUAAAUUUUCAAAUUCAAAUAAACAUAAGAUAAGAGAUACUGGAAAAAAACCUUUUAAAUGUAUAGAAUAUGGGAAAACUUUUAACCGGUCUUCAACCCAUACUACAUAUAAGAAAAUUGACGCUGGAGAGAAACGCUACAAAUGUGAAGAAUGUGGUAAAGCCUAUAAGCAGUCCUCACACCUUACUACACAUAAGAAAAUUCAUACUGGAGAGAAACCCUACAAAUGUGAAGAAUGUGGCAAAGCCUAUAAGCAGUCCUGUAACCUUACUACACAUAAGAUAAUUCAUACUGGAGAGAAACCCUACAGAUGCAGAGAAUGUGGCAAAGCUUUUAACCACCCCGCAACCCUUUUUUCACAUAAGAAAAUUCAUACUGGAGAGAAACCAUACAAGUGUGAUAAAUGUGGCAAAGCCUUUAUUUCAUCUUCAACCCUUACUAAACAUGAGAUAAUUCAUACUGGAGAGAAACCCUACAAAUGUGAGGAAUGUGGCAAAGCUUUUAACCGUUCCUCAAACCUUACUAAACAUAAGAGAAUUCAUACUGGAGAUGUACCCUACAAAUGUGAUGAAUGUGGCAAAACCUUUACCUGGUACUCAAGCCUCUCUAAACAUAAGAGAGCUCAUACUGGAGAGAAACCCUACAAGUGUGAAGAAUGUGGCAAAGCCUUUACUGCAUUCUCAACUCUAACUGAACAUAAGAUAAUUCAUACUGGAGAGAAACCUUACAAAUGUGAAGAAUGUGGCAAAGCUUUUAACUGGUCCUCAGCCCUUAAUAAACAUAAGAAAAUUCAUAUUAGACAGAAACCCUACAUAGUGAAGAAUGUGGAAAAUCUUUUAAAUGUUCCUCAACCCUUAAUAAGCAUAAGAUAAUUCAUACUGGAGAGAAACCGUAUGAAUGUGAUGAAUGUGGGAAAGCCUUUAACCAGCCCUGGACUCUGACUAAAUAUGAGAAUUUAUAUGGAACGUAAACCCUACAAAUAUAAGGAAUGUGACAAAGCUUUUUAAGAAAGUUCUCAACCCUUAUUACACAUAAUUUAUACUGGACAGAAACCCUACAAGUGUGAAGAAUGUGGCAAAGCCUAUAACAACUUGUCAAUUCUUUUUGUUUUUUGAGAUGGAUUUUCACUCUUGUCACCCAGGCUGGAGUGCGAUGGCACGAUCUCGGCUCACUGCAACUUCUGCCUCCUGGUAUCAAGCCAUUCUCCUGCCUCAGCCUCCCGAGUAGCUGGGAUUACUGGUGCCCACCACCAUGCCCAGCUAAUUUUUGUAUUUUUAGUAGAGAUGGGGUUUCAUCAUGUUUGCCAGACUGGUCUCGAACUCCUGACCUCAGAUGGUCCACCCACCUUGGCCUCCUGAAGUGCUGGGAUGACAGGCAUGAGCCACCACGCCCAGCCACAAGUUCUCAAUUCUUAAGGGACAUGGCGAUAAUCCAUACUGAAGAGGAACUCUACAAACCUGAAAGAUGCAACAGUGCUUUUACCACCACCUCCAACUUUUGUAUACAUAAAAAUAAAUUAUACUAGUGUGAGACCUUAGAAA